AUGGGGAUGAAUUCAAAAUCUCGGACAAAGGACUGCUCCUGGUUUGCUUUUUCUUUGGCUCUCUUGCUGUUCGGAGAACUGACUUUGGCUCAGAUAACAUAUUCUAUUGCCGAGGAGGUACGAGACGGAACUGUUGUUGGAAAUGUCGCAAAGGAUCUUGGUCUCGACAUCAAUUCUUUGAUCGCUCGGCGGUUCCGUGUUGUAUCUGGAAGUAAGGACGCUAUCUUUGCGGUAAACCAGCACAAUGGCGCAUUGUACGUCGACAAGCACAUUGACAGGGAGGAGCUCUGCCAGGGCAGCGGUGCUUGUCUGAUGGAGCUAAAGAUCCUCGUUGAAAGCCCUUUGGAAAUACACUACGUCGUUGUAGAAAUCACUGAUGUAAAUGAUCACGCUCCUAGUUUUCCUGAAAGGGAACAGAUAUUUGAAAUAGCUGAGCAUACAUUACCAGGAAGGCGAUUUCAACUGCACACUGCUCGUGAUCCCGAUGCCGGAAUGAACUCAAUCCGUACAUACACGUUGUCGACAAAUGAACAUUUUGAAGUAAAUAUCCGUCAGAGCGAUGCGGGUAAAAUACCAUUUUUAGUGCUGAAGAAGUCGUUAGACAGAGAACAAACGAAUAAACAUGAUAUACUGGUUACAGCAGUUGAUGGAGGUAAACCUCCCAAAUCUGCGACACUAAAUGUUUCUAUUAUUGUUCUUGACAGUAAUGAUAAUCGUCCGAUAUUUAGUCAGGAGAUUUACCAAAUUGAAUUACAGGAAAACGUUGCGGUUGGUACUUCUGUAUUUAAAAUGAAUGCAACAGAUCUGGAUGAGGACACGAAUGGGAAAGUUGAGUACAGCCUCGGAAAAACCUUAACGCGUAAAAUAUAUGACAUGUUUGAAUUGGACAAACUAAGUGGAGAAAUUAUAGUUAAAGGGGUAGUGGAUUAUGAAGAAAACGACGCAUAUGAACUUGAUGUUGAGGCAUCCGAUAAAGGAACGCCUCCACUGAUAGGUGAGUGUAGAGUCAUUAUAAAGAUUAAAGAUGUCAAUGAUAAUGCACCAGAAAUAGAAGUAACAUCACUGUCAAACACAGUGUCUGAAAACUCAAAGCCUGGAACAGUUAUUUCACUUAUUAGUGUCACGGAUAAAGACUCCGGUGUCAAUGGAAAAAUUAUUUCGCACAUAUCCAAUGACGCCCCUUUUGAAUUAAAACCCUCCUAUAAGGAGAAUAUAUAUUCAGUUGUUACGAAGGGAGUUUUGGAUCGAGAGAUGGUUUCACAUUAUGAAAUAAUAAUAAAAGCCACGGAUUGUGGUGAACCUCCAUUAUCUACUGUUAAAACACUGAGUAUUCAGAUAUCAGAUGUAAAUGACAACAGACCACAUUUCUCGCAAAAUCCAUUACAGUUUUACCUUUUAGAAAAUAACGCUGCUGGAAAUUCAAUUUUCUCUGUUUCCGCAACGGACAAAGACGUGAAUGACAAUGCAGUUAUAUCAUAUAAUAUAGUGAGAGAAAGUAGUCAGAAUGACAUUAUGUCUUUCCUAAAUAUUCAUUCUGAUAACGGACACAUAUCUGCGCUAAAAAGUUUUGACUUUGAAAGUCUGAAAACGUUCCAGUUCCAAGUUGUUGCCUCAGAUUCUGGAACUCCGUCACAAAGCAGCAACGUCACAGUGAACGUGUUCAUUCUGGAUCAGAACGACAACGCUCCAGUCAUCCUGUACCCAGUCAGCUCUAACGGUUCUGCUGAAGGUGUGGAGGAGGUUCCCCGCAAUGUGAACGCAGGACACUUGGUGACUAAAGUCAGAGCCUAUGACGCUGAUAUAGGAUAUAACGGCUGGCUGCUGUUUUCACUGCAGGAAGUUACUGACCGCAGUCUCUUUGGGUUGGACCGCUAUACAGGACAGAUCAGAACCCUUCGCUCAUUCACAGAGACAGACGAGGCGGAGCAUAAACUGGUCAUACUGGUGAAAGACAAUGGGAACGUGUCUCUCUCAGCAACAGCUACUGUGAUGGUCAAAGUUAUGGAGCCCAAAGAGGCUUUUGCUGCCGCUGAUGUUAAAAGUGCAACAAAGGAUGAGGAGGAUAAUAACGUGACUUUCUACCUGAUGAUAACUUUGGGCUCAGUUUCAACUCUUUUCCUCAUCAGUAUCAUCGUGCUGGUUGCAAUGCAGUGCUCUAAAUCCACAGACUACACUUCUAAAUACAUACAAGAGCCUAAUUAUGACGGGACCCUGUGUCACAGCAUCCAGUACCGAUCUGGAGAGAAACGCUACAUGCUAGUUGGACCCAGAAUGAGUAUAGGAUCUACUAUAGUCCCGGGCAGCCACGCCAACACACUCAUGCCCCCUGACAGGAGGUAUGCGACUACAGAGGUAAGACAUGUUUAA